CUCCUCCUCCUCCUCCUUCCUUCUUGACACCAACACCGCUGCUACCCACACCCCCAACCCUCUGAAAGAUUUGCCGUCUGAGUGUGGAGUGGGUUUUGUACUUCCCGGACCUGGGUCCAGCCAUACGUAGUGUCAGAGGCACAGAGGGAUUUGUAAACUUGUGAUCCAGAUCACCAGCAUUGAGGGUCUCCUCUUCUCUGUUUGGUAUUUAUAAGUGUGUCUGUCCUCCCAGGAUUGCAACAAAAACCCGUCAUGUCUCUUGGAAAACCAGCCCCCCUAAACAAGCGGAAAAUGCUCUCCAAGAUCAUAACGGACUUAUCACAUAUCGCUCAGGAUGAGUAUAAGUCGGAGCCAGAGGCAUCCGAGUUCGACCUGGGAACAAAGAUCAGGUCUCCCAAAGACAUCAUGCUGGAGGAGCUUUCCCUGUUGAAGAACAAAGGCUCCAAGAUGUUCAGGAUGAGGCGGAAGAGAGUGGAGAGGUUCAUCUGGGAGAACAACCCUGACAUCUUCAGCAGUGAGUCUAUGGACAACCUCCAGAAGUUUGUUCCCUCUCUGGGAGGUCAGAUGGGAGGUGACAUUAUAAAUGUUGGUGGGCAUUUUGUGAGCAAACAGAUUGGACUGCAGCAUUUCGGAGGGAUACAUGCUGGAGGGGCCCCUGUGCCGCCUCCAAAGCCUGGAAGCAAAGGGGCAGGAGCAGGAGGUGUAGGAGGUGCAGGAGGUGCAGGAGGGGCAGGAGGUGCAGGAGGACUGGGUGGGGGCGACCAUGGGAUAGGUGAAAAGGGAGAAGGAGAGUGGUCUCCACUGAAAGGAGGUGGAAGCGAUGAUGCAUCUAAGAAGUUGCUUCUUAUCAAGAUGUACAAGUCGCCAUGGGAGAAGGCCAUGAAGGGUGAUGAAACUCUGAUAGCCACUCUGAAAACAAGAAUGCCUGGUCCCGUUGAAAAGAAGGAUGCGCGAAAAUACAAAUGCUUCAACAGGUCUGCCAUGCCCUUUGGCGGCUUCGAGAAGGCCAACCAGUUCAUGAAAUUCCAGAUGCCAGAAUCUGAGGCCAAACAGGAGCCUGAACCAGUGGUGUACAUCGGCGGCCGGCCUUCCUUCAACCGCACUCCUAUUGGCUGGGUGGGCAGCGGUGAGCCCAGCACCAUUCAUAUGGAGACAGAGGCUGUGCCCUUCGAUGGAGAGACCGACGAGCUGUGAAAGAAUAUUCAUAAUACGCAUACACACACACACACGAUAGAUGAGCUUACAGUUAACUGUUACGCUGAGGAAUUUGAAUCUCUGGAUAACUGAAAGCGUAGAGGAAAUGUGGGCAUGUUCUUAUGUUGCUCUGUAUUCAGUUGUAAGGCAAGGAAACAAGGUAUAGAUGCUGAGGGGGGAUGAAACAUCAAACGUUUAGUUCAAGAGUUGAGUCUAAACACUCAAUUUGUCAGAAAAGUGUUUGCUCUUGUUGAUAAGUUGCAGAUUUUGUCAAUGAGGAAAGAAUGAAUCGAGUAUGAAGGAUAGAUUUAUGCUGUUACUGUUGUGCACACUGUCUUGAUGUCAAGUUGUCACAUUUAUUUCCCAGUGCCUUUUUUUUGCUGUUAAUAUUCUCUGUUUAUUUGUUGAGUGAAAGCAUGCAUAGAGUCAGUUACUGAUCCAUUAACUUACUGUGAAAACACAGUUUCUCAACUAUAAACCCUUUCAAACUGUAACAGUCCUCUUGUUAAGUGAUUAAAAUGCCAA